CAGCUCUAGUGCGACGUAAAUUAACAACAGCAACAACAACUUCUUAGAAUAUUACGCCUGUUCACUUCACUCAUCGCCUCGCAUAACAUAAGCGGAGGAAUACACCGGAAGUUUUCCAAAUUUGUUUUGGUUUUAAAAUGUUUGUUAUUGUUUCCCAUAGAUUUUCAAUCAGUCAAUCAUCCAUUACUUCAGUGACUAAAUAUGCCAAGAAAUACGGAAUUUGAACUUGUUUAUUGAAAUUGAAUAGAUCAAAUUCAACUUUAUAGGACGCUUAGAGUCCUGCCAAAAAUUGAGACUAACUAAAGCCUGCUGAAGCUGAAACUACAGAUUAUUAAGCAAAAAUCUAGAUAAUAAUGUGAUGUUUAUGUAUUUAAUCACUGGAGUAUAAUAGUGCUCGUGCAGCGAAUUAAGACUGCUACUUUAAAUAAGUUUGCAUUGAAGAAGCUCUUGUAAAGAAGAAAACCCUAUCUUUUUUAAACCAGAGAUAAAUUUUUGUGUCUUGAAAUACAUUUCUAUCUGCUUCAUACUUGGCAUGGAAUAUCAAAGUCCUGAUCCAUAUAUUGAGAAAAAAGGCACAUUUUACCAGUGCAAUUUGUGUGCUUCACAUCUGAAUAGUGUAGGUCAAGUACAGAGUCACAUUUAUGGAGCUAAUCAUCAAUCACGUUUAAAAGCAGUGAAACCAGUGCUGCAACAAGCUGAAGCAAAUGUAAAUUCCACUCAACAAAAGUUUUCUACUUUUAGUUUAAAUCUGGAAUCCAACCUACCUCAAUAUGUUGAAAAACAUAGAUUUGGGUAUAAAUGUGCGUGCUGUGACAUACCACUGAACAGUGAUUCACAAAUCAUGAGCCAUGUGGCAGGAGCUAAACAUAUAAAGAAAGCUACGUCUUUUUAUGAUAAUAAUUUGAUUUCUAGCAGGGAAACAAAGAUGGAAAUUGAAAAUGUGGGUCCACCAGCAAACGAUCAUAAUAAUGCUAAAAUGUCCUCUGUUACAUAUAAUCAAAAUAUAUCUAACCCAGUCUUUAGUUCUGAUUUACCUCCAUAUAUUGAAAGAUUUGAAGAUCAAUAUAAGUGUGAAUGUUGUAACACUAUAUUGAAUAGUUCUUCACAAAUUCAUUCUCAUGUGAAUGGAAUUAGGCACAUAAAAACAAAAUUAUUGUAUGAUGCGAACCCUGCACUUAGUGCUGUUAAAUCUGAUUGUGGAAAUUUAAACGGAACAAAAAAUGAGGAAGAGUCAUUUGAUUUGUAUUCAAAUCUUAAACAAAUAAAUCCUGAUGAAUUGAUGAAAAGUCUUAAAAUAAUUAAAGCAAAUGAGGCUGUUAUUUUUUAAAUUUUUUCUUCUUUUUACUGUUAGUUUAUAAAUUGUAUUGUUCAUCUAUGAAAUCUAUCUAUUGAAGUUGUUAUGCAAUAUUGUUGUAUUUUAAAUUUUUUUUUUUUGCUAUGAAACUACUUGCAUUUCUAAUUCAGUCUUUAAUUCCAAUUUACCUUCAUAUCAGGGUGCAUAGCAUUUUUAAAAAGUGCUUAUUUUUGAUUUACAUUUUUUAAGAGAUCCUAAAGGUGCUUUUUUUAUUUUCGGUUUGUGAAAAGUGCUUAA